CUAUGACUCCAACAUGGAUGACAGCAGAGACAACAAGAAAAACCGUUUCUCCAACACAAUGGUGUUCAUGGAGGAGUACCUUAACAACGUUCUGAACGACGAGCUGCCAUUUCACAACGAGGAGAAAAACAAACUCACAUAUGAGGUGGUCAGUUUGGCCAGACAUCUGAUCUACUUUGGUUUCUAUAGUUUUUUUGAGCUGCUCAGACUCACAAGAACCCUGCUGGGCAUCAUCGACUGUAGACCCAAUCCUGGAUACACUGGGCUCUUGUUCCACGAUGAUGGAUCAGGGAAGAACGUGAAGCGCUCCAUACAUGGGAUGGGUCAGAUAAUGUCCACCAUGGUCCUCAACAGGAAACAGUCCUUAUUUGGAGGUCCAGGAGCCAGAGGGGCAGGGGUGGGGGCGGGACUUAUGCUUGAAGGACAGAGAGGCAGUAAAGAUAGUAUCGACAAAACAGACCUGACAGUGAUGGACACCAAGCUGAAGAUACUGGAGAUAUUACAGUUCAUCCUGAAUGUUCGUCUGGACUACCGUCUGUCCUUCCUGCUCUCUGUGUUCAAGAAGGAGUUUGUGGAUGUUUAUCCCAUGGCUGAUGCUGAUGCUACGACGAAUAUGGAGCAUGCAGCCACCAUCAACCUGCAGCACAUUGGAGAGCAGGCAGAGGCCAUGUUUGGAGUUGGGAAGGGGAACAGUAUCCUGGAGGUGGAUGAUGAAGGCGGCCGGAUGUUCCUGCGGGUGCUGAUACACCUCACCAUGCAUGACUAUCCUCCUCUGGUGUCUGGAGCGCUGCAGCUUCUCUUCAGACACUUCAGCCAGAGACAGGAAGUGCUGCACACCUUUAAACAGGUCCAGUUACUGAUCUCUUCCCAAGAUGUGGAGAACUACAAACUGAUCAAGUCAGAUCUGGAUCGUCUCCGAACGUUGGUGGAGAAAUCUGAGCUGUGGGUGGAGAAGAAGAGCUCAGGUGGAGGGGAUGGGAAGAAGGACAAAAAGGAGAAGAAGGAGAAGGUAGAGGUGGCAUCAGAGGAAGAGACGCCCAAGAAAGACAAACUUGAAAAAGGCAACGAGAGCUACCAGAAAGUCAAAGAGAUCCUGGAGAGGUUGAAUAAGAUGUGCAGCACUGGGGUUUGGAAGAAGCAGCAGAGGUUGUUGAAGAACAUGGGAGCUCAUAAAGUCAUGCUGGACCUGCUGCAGGUGUCCUACGACAAGAGCGAUGUGAAGAUGCAGGAGAUCAUCAAGUAUACUCACUUGUUCCUGCAGAAGUUCUGUACGGGGAACCAGGAGAACCAGGUUUUGCUGCACAAGAACCUCAACCUCUUCCUCAACCCAGGGCUGCUGGAGGCAGAGACUGUGCAGCACAUCUUCAGUAACAACUACCAGCUCUGCACCGAGAUCUCUGAGAGCGUCCUGCAGCACUUCAUCCACUGUCUGGCCACGCACGGCCGACACGUUCAGUACCUCAACUUCCUCCACACCAUCAUCAAGGCCGAGGGCAAGUACGUGAAGAAGUGCCAGGACAUGAUCAUGACCGAGUUAACGAACUCGGGCGAGGAUGUUGUCGUCUUUUACAACGACAAAACUUCCUUCAACGUCAUGCUGGAGCUGAUGGCAGAGAGCAGGGAGGGGGUCGGGGAGACUAGCCCACUCAGGUAUCACAUCUCACUGGUGGAGCUGUUAGCCGCCUGUGCAGAAGGGAAAAACGUUUACACUGAGAUCAAAUGUACGUCGCUGCUGCCGCUGGAGGACGUGGUCAGAGUGGUGACGCACGAGGACUGCAUCACUGAGGUGAAGGUGGCUUAUGUAAACUUUGUCAAUCACUGCUACGUGGACACGGAGGUGGAGAUGAAGGAGAUCUACACGUCCAACCACAUCUGGAAGCUGUUUGAAGACUUCACAGUGGACAUGGCCAGGGUGUGUAAUAAACGAGAGAAGCGUCUUUCUGAUCCCAUCCUGGAGAAGUACAUCAUUAACGUGGUUUUUGACACCAUCAACGCCUUCUUCAGCUCUCCGUUCUCUGAGAAUAGCACGUCUCUGCAGACUCAUCACACCAUUGUGACUCAGCUGCUUCAGUCGUCUGUCAGGCUGUUGGACUGUCCCUGGCUGCAGCAGCAGCACCGAGGACAGGUAGAGACCUGCAUCAGGACGCUCGCCAUGACAGCUAAGAGUCGCUCCAUCGCUCUCCCUCUGGACCUGGAUGCUCAGAUCAACUCCAUGUUGUCCACGUCUGCUCUGAACUCUCUGUCCCGCUCCAACCCAAACUACAAGUCCUCCUCCCGCUCCUCCAGACCCAUCGCUCCCAGCAACCCCUGGGACUACAAGAACAUCAUCGAGAAACUACAGGACAUCAUUAACACUCUGGAGGAGCGUCUGAAGCCGCUGGUGAACGCUGAGCUCUCUGUGUUGGUCGACGUCCUCCAUCAGCCCGAGCUGCUGUUUCUAGAAGGAACUGACGCCCGGCAGCGCUGUGAGUCCGGAGGAUUCAUCUCCAAGUUGAUCCAGCACACUAAGGCUCUGAUGUCGGCUGAGGAGAAGUUGUGUAUUAAAGUUUUAAGAACUUUGCAGGAGAUGCUGAUCAGGACUCUGGACUUUGAUGAAAAGGGAAUCGCUCUGAGGAAAGUUUUGUUGCAGAACUAUUUGUUCCCCAACAAGAAGAACAACCCGAAGAACGACCUGGCCGAGCUCGGAGCUGCAGGCGGGGAGCAGGAGCGCGACUGGGCGGCCGUGGCAGCAGUUCAGUGUCGUCUGGACCGAGAGGGUGGAACGAAGCUGUUCACUGAUCUGGUGAUGAGCACCAAGAACGACAAGAUCUUCCAGGAGAGCAUCCAGCUCGCCAUCUGUCUGCUGGAGGGAGGCAACACGGAGAUACAGAACUCGUUCUACAAACUGAUGAUGGGCGACAACAAGUCGGAGAAGUUCUUCAAAGUUCUUCACGACCGGAUGAAAGAGGCUCAGACGGACAUUAAAGCCACGGUGUCGGUUAAUGUGGGAGAGAUGACGCACAAAGCCAACGAGAAGGAGCUGGAAGGAGGCAGCUCUACAGCUAUAGUACUUCCUGGUCCAGGAGCUCUGCUGGUCCCGGGUCAGUCUAUCGCUCCGGUCCCGGGCGCUGCCGUCCUGCCGGUUCAGGCAGCGACGGAGCAGAGGGAGGUGGAGACGGAGAUGGGACCGGCUGUGAUCAUCAUGAAGCCCAUCCUGAGGUUCCUUCAGCUGCUGUGUGAGAACCACAACCACGACCUGCAGAACUUCCUGCGCUGUCAGAACAACAAGACAAACUACAACCUGGUGUGUGAGACGCUUCAGUUUCUGGACAUCAUGUGUGGAAGCACCACGGGGGGUCUGGGCCUGCUGGGCCUCUACAUCAACGAAUCAAACGUCCACCUGAUCUGUCAGACCCUCGAGACCCUCACAGAGUACUGCCAGGGGCCCUGCCAGGAGAACCAGACGUGUAUCGUGACACACGAGUCAAAUGGCAUCGACAUCAUCACGGCUCUGAUCCUGAACGACAUCAGUCCUCUGUGUCGUUAUCAGAUGGAGAUGGUGCUGCAGCUGAAGGACAACGCCUCCAAACUGCUGUUGGCUCUGAUGGAGAGUCGCCAUGACAGCGAGAACGCCGAGAGGAUCCUGUUCAACCUCCGACCCCGAGAGCUGGUGGAGGUGAUAAAGAAGGCGUACCAUCAGGAGAGUGAGUGUGAGGAGUUGGAGGUUUCUCCCCGCGAGGUGGGACACAACAUCUACAUCCUGGCUCAACAGCUGGCGAGACACAACAAAGUCCUGCAGAACCUCCUGAAAUCACUGAAGAAGAGCAAAGAGGGAGAGGAGGGAAUCUCCUCCAUGCUGAACCUGAAUAAUCGUCCUCUGUCUCAGAUGUUGAAGUCUUCAGCUCCAGCUGUUGUGGUCGAGCAGGAUCCUCUGGAGUACUACGAGCUGCUCACCUCACAGAUAGAGAUCGUGCGCGAGGACCGCAGCAUGGAGCAGAUCGUGUUUCCCGUUCAUCCGAUCUGCGAGUUUCUGACCGAGGAGUCCAAGUGCCGAGUGUUCAACACCACAGAGCAGGACGAGCAGGGGUCAAAGGUCACGCACUUCUUUGAACAGACGUCUUUCCUGCACGGAGAGAUGGAGUGGCAGAAGAAGCUGAGGAGUAUGCCCGUGUUGUUCUGGUUCUCCAGGAGGAUGUCUCUGUGGGGAACGAUCUCCUUCAACCUCGCCGUCUUCAUCAACCUCAUCAUCGCCUUCUUCUACCCCUACAACUCAGGACAAGUGGGAGCGAUCGAUGACUCCUUGCUCCUGAUGUUGUUCUGGAUCCUGACCGGCCUCUCCGUGUUGGGUUUGUUCUCUCAGCGUUACGGGCUGCAGCCUCUGACCCUCGCUCUGAUCCUCAGGUCCAUCUAUCACCUGGGCAUCGGAAACACGCUCAUCCUGCUGGGCUCGCUCAAUGUGAGAAACACUACAUUACCCAUCCACCACCUGUGA